UGAAGUUGGCUAGCCAAUAUUCACGUGGAUUUGGAACGCCGCAAAUUAUGUUGUUUUUCUGCCCUUCUUGUGGUAAUCUUUUAAUUAUUGAAGAGGACACCAACAGCCAUCAUCUCUCCUGCCACACUUGUCCCUACGUAUCAAAGAUCAGGGGCAAGAUCUCAACCAAAACAUUUCCUCGCCUCAAGGAGGUGGAUCACGUUUUGGGUGGCAAAGCAGCUUGGGAAAACGUGGAUUCCACAGACGCCGAGUGUCCGGCUUGUUCCCAUAAUCGUGCAUAUUUCAUGCAAAUUCAAACUCGUUCAGCGGAUGAGCCUAUGACCACAUUCUACAAGUGCUGCAAUCACCAGUGUGGACACAAUUGGCGCGACUAGAUGUUAAUG